GGAAAAGCUGUUAAACAAUACAUUGGAGAAGGUGAAAAUGGUCCAAUUAAUUCAUACCGUCAUAAUCCAUAUUCUUAUUUCAAUGAAGAAUUAAAUGCUAUUGAAGAGGGACCGGAUGGAUUACCACGAUAUUCUAACCAGUUUGAUGGUCAAUAUGCAAAUAUUAGACCUGAAAUUUCAGCUAAGAAAUUCUUUAAAGUUGCUUUAUUCGAUCCAGUUUUCGCAAAUGUUAAAGAUGAACUUAAACAGCAAUUCCAACCAAUUAUAGUAGCAAGAAUUGCAUCAGGUGCUUUAUCUCAAGCAUUCAAAGAUUUAAUUAAGAAACCAUUAUAUCAGCAACGAGGUUUAACUUAUGAUUUAGUUAAGGAAUCAGAUAAAAGAAAAUUUGAGAAAUCAGAUGAUUAUAAGAAUGCAAUUAAUGAAUAUAUUCGGUCUAUUAAUUUCGAUGAAACAGCUAAAAAUCAACUUCAUGAACAAAUACAGGGAAUAAUAGAUUCAAAAGUUCCAGCAAAAUAA